GUUUGGGCGGGAUCCGUGCAGAGAGGAACUCGCGCACGCUGGUUGACGAGUCGCACGCAUAGAUUUAGAGAGAGCUUUGAAUAAUGGCACCUACAGGUGAAGUGGUUUUUGACAGUGGGGACAGAGUUUGUUCUGUAAACCGUUUGCGCUGGGACCUCACACCUGAGCAAAUCCAUCAGCUAACGGACGAGCUCAUCGCCAGGACCAAGAGAGUCUAUGACUCUGUUGGGGCCUUGGAUCUAGAUAAUGUCAAUUACGAGAACACUUUGAAGGCACUUGCUGAUGUGGAGGUGGAAUACACUGUCCAGCGGAACAUGUUGGAUUUCCCUCAGCAUGUGUCCUCCUCGAAGGAUGUGCGCACGGCCAGCACCGAGGCGGACAAGAAGCUGUCGGAGUUCGAUGUGGAGAUGAGCAUGAGGGAGGAUGUGUACCAGAGGAUUGUUGCUCUUCAGGAGAAACUCGAGGAAGAAAGUAUCACCUCAGAGGCUAAGAGAUACAUGGAAAGAUUGAUCAAGUUGGGACAGAGAAAUGGACUUCACCUUCCCAAGGAGACACAAGAGGAGAUCAAGAAGAUCAAGAAGAAACUGAGCACGCUGUGUAUUGAUUUCAACAAGCAUUUGAAUGAGGACACCACCAGUCUCUCUUUCACACGGGAGGAGCUGGGUGGCCUUCCUGAAGAUUUCCUCAACUCCUUGGACAAGGAUGGGACUGAAAAGCUGAAGCUGACCCUCAAAUACCCUCACUAUUUCCCCACCAUGAAGAAAUGCUAUGUCCCAGAGACACGCAAGAAAUUAGAAGAAGCCUUCAAUUCUCGUUGCAAAGAGGAAAACUCAGCUAUCCUCAAGGAGCUGGUGGAGCUGCGUUGUCAAAAGAGUGCUCUACUAGGGUUUAGCACCCAUGCUGACUUUGUUCUUGAGAUGAACAUGGCGAAAGCAUCCAAGAAGGUUGCCUCAUUUCUUGAGGAGCUGGCCCUUAAGCUGAAGCCUCUGGGUGAGGAGGAACGGGCUGUGAUCCUCAAGCUGAAGGAAAAGGAGUGCCAGAAGAGGAACUUGCCUUUCAACAGAGAGCUGUAUGCCUGGGACACACGCUACUACAUGACCCAGGUGGAGGAGACUCAGUAUGCUGUGGACCAGAACCAGCUGAAAGAGUAUUUCCCAAUGGAGGUGGUGACCCGUGGGCUUCUGGACAUCUACCAAGAACUGCUGAACCUCUCCUUCCAGCAGGUAGAGGGCGCCCAUGUGUGGCACGAUGAUGUCACGCUCUACUGUGUCAAGGACCGUACCUCUGGCCAGGUGGUGGGGCAGUUCUACCUCGACCUUUACCCCAGAGAGGGGAAGUAUGGGCAUGCUGCCUGUUUUGGCUUGCAGCCUGGUUGUCUGCUGUCCGAUGGGACCAGGCAGAUGGCUGUGGCUGCCAUGGUGGCCAACUUCAGUAAGCCCACAGCUGAUGCUCCCUCCCUGCUGCAGCACGAUGAGGUGGAGACCUACUUCCAUGAGUUUGGCCAUGUCAUGCACCAACUCUGCGCACAGGCGGACUUUGCCAUGUUCAGUGGAACUCAUGUGGAAAGAGACUUUGUGGAGGCUCCGUCUCAGAUGUUGGAGAAUUGGGUGUGGGAAAAGGAGCCAUUGCAACGCAUGUCCAAGCAUUACAAGACCGGCAAUCCAAUCCCAGAGGAGCUGCUGGAUAAACUCAUCAAGUCCCGGCUUGCUAACACUGGUCUGUUCAACCUGAGGCAGAUUGUACUGGCCAAAGUAGACCAAGCCCUUCACACGAAGACAGGAGUGGACCCAGCAGAGGAGUAUGCCAAGCUCUGUCAGGAAAUACUAGGAGUGCCUGCCACUCCAGAGACUAACAUGCCAGCCACCUUCGGCCACCUGGCAGGUGGUUAUGAUGCUCAGUAUUACGGUUAUCUCUGGAGUGAGGUCUUUUCCAUGGACAUGUUCUACGCCCGCUUUAAACAGGAGGGCAUCAUGAACCCCAAGGUGGGUCUGGACUACAGGAACUGCAUCUUGAAGCCUGGAGGCUCUGAAGAUGCUGCUGAAAUGUUGAAGAAGUUCCUUGGAAGAGAGCCUAAGCAAGAGGCUUUCCUCCUGAGCAAAGGACUAUCAAUUGAGCUGGAGCCAGGCACACCCAUGUGCCUGUUGACUAGUUACUUCACAGUAGAUUGCAUUAUCAAUGCCUCUCUGGGGAACGUUAGCACACGGACACUAAAGACUGGUAACUUCGGUUUUUCCGAAUCAGAAUCCUGAAAUUUCACUAUAUCACAAGCUAUCGCCGUUAUUGUUCAACUCAAUUUUUCCUCUUUUGAACCUUGAAGCAUUGUUUUAAAAAUUAAAAUUGUAUUCAGUCAAGAAAAAAAGUGGUUCACCAUAAAGAUCUCUUGACUUGAA